UCGUGGCCUCGUCCGCCCCGCCUUAGCUCCCGCGCUAAAGAGAAACAUGUAUCGUUUCCGAUCACAGCUCUUCACGGGGAUUUCUGCUGCCGCCACCGCCCGCUCUCACCCCCGCCGCUCCUCGCCUCUGUUGUUAGCCGAAGCCUCGCCUCUCAGCCGCCCGCCGCACAGACCCACGAGUAAAAAGUGCAGCUCCAUCGGCUGAUCCUCGCUAAGUUCCGAGUCUAAGCGGCACCGGGCGUCCCACGAUGCCGAAGAAUAAGAAGCGGAACACUCCCCACCGCGGUGGCAGUGGUGGCGGCGGCUCAGGGGCAGCUGCAGCGACGGCGGCGACAGCAGGUGGCCAGCAUCGCACUGUGCAGCCGUUCAGCGAUGAAGAUGCGUCCAUUGAAACAAUGAGCCAUUGCAGCGGGUACAGCGACCCUUCCAGUUUUCCUGAAGAUGGGCCAGAAGUCCUUGAUGAGGAAGGCACUCAAGAAGACUUGGAGUACAAGUUGAAGGGAUUCAUUGACCUGACGCUGGAUAAGAAUGCGAAGACAAGGCAGGCCGCCCUUGAAAGUAUCAAAAAUGCACUGGCUUCAAAAAUGCUUUAUGAAUUCAUUCUGGAACGAAGAAUGACUUUAACUGACAGCAUUGAACGCUGCCUGAAAAAAGGUAAAGGUGACGAGCGGCGUGCGGCGGCAGCAUUGGCAUCUGUUCUGUGCAUUCAGCUGGGCCCUGGAAUCGAAAGUGAAGAGGUUCUGAAAACGCUCGGACCAAUCCUGAAGAAAAUCAUUUGUGACAGCACAGCUAGUAUCCAGGCUAGGCAGUCUUGUGCAACUUGCUUUGGUGUUUGCUGUUUUAUUGCCACAGAUGACAUUACUGAGCUGUACUCAACUCUGGAAUGCUUGGAAAACCUUUUCACCAAGUCCUAUGUCAAAGAGAAAGACACUGCUGUUUGCAGCGCCCCCAGCACAGCGCUUCACAUCAGCUCCCUCCUCGCGUGGACCCUGUUACUGACCAUAUGCCCCAUCAACGAAGUGAAGAAAAAGCUUGAGAUGCAUUUCCAUAAACUGCCAAGCCUGCUGUCUUCUGAUGAUGUAAACAUGAGAAUAGCUGCUGGGGAAUCUUUGGCACUUCUGUUUGAAUUGGCCAGAGGAAUGGAGAGUGACUUCAUCUACGAAGACAUGGAGUCUUUGACUCAGAUGCUUAGGGCUUUGGCUACAGAUGGAAACAAGCACCGAGCCAAAGUGGACAAGAGAAAGCAGCGUUCAGUGUUCCGAGACGUCCUGCGGGCAGUGGAGGAACGGGAUUUUCCAACAGAAACUGUUAAGUUUGGUCCUGAACGCAUGUAUAUUGAUUGCUGGGUCAAAAAACAUACCUACGACACCUUUAAGGAGGUCCUCGGAUCGGGGAUGCAGUACCACUUACAGUCAAAUGAAUUCCUUCGUAAUGUGUUUGAACUUGGACCGCCAGUGAUGCUUGAUGCUGCAACACUUAAAUCAAUGAAGAUUCCUCGUUUUGAAAGGCAUUUAUAUAAUUCGGCAGCCUUCAAAGCUCGAACCAAAGCUCGAAGCAAAUGUCGCGAUAAGAGAGCAGAUGUUGGAGAAUUCUUCUAGAUUUUCAGCAUUUGAAGACUACUUUCUACGUUCUGUUUUUUUAUUUGUAACUUCUAAUGUAUUUAAACUCUGGAGACAGUUUUUAUCUCGUCAACAUAGAUAGCUUUUGUAGCAGGGGUUAUAUUACUUAUAAUUUAAUGUAUAGUAUUGCAAAUGGUAAGUUCUGAUUGAGUAUUCUCUGUAAAUAGAAUCAGUAAACAUGAAUAAAGUGUUUGUAAUGUUUGGUCAUUUUCUAUUUAUGAAGAGAGUAAACAUAUGGUAUUUCACGGUAAGAAAACUAUUAGCCAAGGUUAAAUACCUUAUACUGUGGUUGUCAGAUAUGUUGAUUAUAAUGCAGAUACUACAAGCUAUUUAAGAUCUUAGACAAACGAGUUCUGGAUACAGUUUGGGGAGCUAGUUCUUCUAGAAAAGCUGCUAUGUUUUUAAUUUUAAAUGGAACCUAAUAAUUUUGUCACUGGGAUCAACAAAGGAAAUUCAAUUAUACCGUAGACCUCACAGCUACACUUCAAGGCCGUUCAGUCCAGCUUUGGGAGUUCAGGAUGAAUUAGGACAGCCAGGACAGCUGCGCACCUUCACCUCUGAGGGCAGUAACACUAAUUUCAUCUGUUGUGUAAGCCUGUGCUCUUUAUUUUGAAAUAAAGAUCUUUUCACACUGAAA